GGAUAAAUAAAAGGAUGCCGAUCUCUCCCCGAUGAUUGACACCCAGGACGUAGAGAUGUGGGAAAGAAUUUUCAGAACGUCAGCUUUCCAGGGUCAAAACGGGUGUCACUCCGAAUUAAACAGGGUUUUCAGUCUAAACCCUCUGAAUGUGUUUUUGUUUUUUUGUUUGUUUGUUUAGCUUGCUGCUGAGAGUUUGUUUGUUUGGCUUGCUGUCCUACUUUAUUUGAGGAGUUUUCCACUUGCCUUGGAGAGUUUGUUUAAAAAAAAAAAAAGUAUUCUUCCUUUUCAGAGAGAGAGAGAGCAGAGAAAAACAACAAUGCAAAGCUAGCACGGCAAGACCAGGAAGCAGUUAAGGCGAGCGAUGGGCGUGUAAGAGCAGGAAUGAGGAAAGGGAGGGAAGGCAGGAAGAGGGCAAGGUCACGUGGCUCCUCCCGCCCCCGUCUGAGAAAGUUGCAAAGGCAGGAAGCGAAAGAAAACAAAGUUUCUAGCGACGACGCCGCGGCCGGGAAGCCAAGCGCCAGCAGCCAGAACAGGGGGCGGCAGCGACCGCAGCAGCGGCCGGAGAAGGGAGGCGUAGAGCGGCGCCAGGCCCGAGGCUGCGGUGAUGGGCGGCGGGGAGCCCCGGAGGGGCGCAGCAGCUGGCAGCGUAAAAGGACGAUCGGAGGCGGCGGGGAUGGAGGCGUAGAGGUCACAGGGGGAGGCUGGCAAGCAGGAAACGGAGCGACAAGGCGGGAGGGAGGGGUGCGAGGGAAGCCGACCCACGGCGGAGGGGAGGCCUGGUGGCCCCCCCUUGGCUGGGUGCGCUUUCUUGAGACCGGUUUCGAGGCGUCGGAGAAGAAGCCAAGGAGCAGGGACCCGCCGCGAUCCAGGAGAGGGCUGGUGUGAUGUGUGUCCCCACCCCCAGGUAAACUGGGCAGGCCAGAGACCGGGCUGGCAACGAGCCCUGCGCAGGUUGUGACCGCGGAAAGCUCCCGCAGACUUCUGGCACCCGGACCAGACCAAAGGCGGACCGCAAAGAUGCCGACACCUUCGAGAAUCGCCGGUGCCUUGUUCCUGGGACUCCUCUGGGGUGUCCUUCAGCCCACUGAAAGUAAUUCCUCCUACAUGGCUGUCUGUCAAGGCUACCCUGACAUCCGGAGGGAACCAACCGGCCAAAUCCACAGCUCUUCUACCCAGGGGAUGGUGUAUAGCAGCUGCAGCUGGGUCAUUCUAGGGGGACCGGAGGACAUUAUCUCCAUCAAGUUCCAGCAUUUCCAUCUCACCUGUGGCUCGGAGAUGCUGACGAUCCAUUCGCCCUCUCAGCAGCCCAAGAAAAUCUGUGGCUUCAGUAAUCCCCAGGCCAUCCAUAUCAAGGGAGGAAAUGUGACCCUGAGUUACAGCUGGAAGUUCAUGGCAGGAGGUGGAUUUCAGCUGAGAUACGAGAGAAGUCUGGAACCUACAUCGUGCAACGAUACCUUGGACACCUUCUACGGGGUAUUUUUCUCACCGGGGCUCAGCCUGGCUCACCUGGGCGCUGCGCACUGCCAGUGGGCCCUUGAUGCCCACGACAGCCGUCCGUUAAGCAUCCGCUUCACCUUCCUCGAUUUGGAUGUCGGGGACUCGCUGCGUGUGUACGAAGGGGCACCCGACCCCAUGCUGCGUCCCCACUUGCUGCGCAACUUGGACUACACAAGCAACAACAAAGCGGUGUCUGUGGACUCCCCCUCCAGCCGUGCCUGGGUCGUGUACCAAGCCGCGCCGGGAACCAUCGGCCGGGGCUUCAACGCCACUUACCACGUGCAGGGUUUUUGCGUGCCCUGGGAUUUCCCCUGCGGCGGCGAAGACGGGGAAGGCACCGCCUGCUACAGCAUUGCCGAGCGCUGCGAUGGGAACUGGGAUUGCGCCAACGGCGCAGACGAGGACGGCUGCGGCGGCUGCCCCCGUGGGCAGUACGCUUGCGGCAGGCCGGGGGCCGGUGAAGCCACCUGCUACGGGCCUGCCGACCGCUGCAAUUACCAGACCUUCUGCCCAGACGCGACCGACGAGCACCACUGCCGCACCUGCCAGCCAGGCAACUUCCGGUGCCGAGACGGGCGCUGCGUCUACGAGAGCUGGGUGUGCGACGGGCAGGCCGACUGCAUCGAUGGCUCCGACGAGGAGGACUGCACCUAUACCCUCCCGCGCAAGGUGGUGACGGCAGCUGUCAUAGGCAGCCUGGUGUGCGGCCUUCUGCUGGUGAUCGCCCUCGGCUGUACCUGCCGCCUCUACGCCCUCCGGAGCCACGAGUUUGGCAUCCUAGCCCCCAUGUCACGGAUGGAGGCCCAGCUGGUGCAGCGCCAGGCUCCCCCAUCCUACGGGCAGCUCAUAGCUCGUGGAGUCAUCCCUCCCGUGGACGGCUUCCCUACCGAGCACCCCAACCAGAAUACAAUGCUGGGGAAUCUGCGGUCUCUCCUGCACUUGUUGCGCCGCGACCCCGCUGCUGCCGCGGCCUCCAACGGGGGCCGCCGCCCGCAUCGCAGCCGCUUCGUACGCCGGUUAGUGAGGCGCAUGCGCCGGAUGGGAUUGCUCCCUCGAGCCGCUCCAUCCUCCUCUUCUUCCUCCGCCGCCGCCGCCGCCGCCGCCACCACCACUGCUUCCUCACACUCAGUUCUGGACACCCAGCCUGAGCUGGUUCCCGGGGAGGAAAACACAACUUCCGUUCAGCAAGAAGAACAAGCCCCGCCUCUUCCUCAGAAGUUCCCGCCCACUCCCGCCGAGCCUGUGCUGGAGCCCCAGGCCCCGCCUCCUCUCACUCCGCGGCUUGGAAUGAUGCACACCCUCCGCGUGCGACUCUUCCCUCCCGCCCCGCCAUGCUCCACGGUGGCAGGCAACCCCCUCAGUGCCCCACCGUCCCCCGAGGACGAGGAUGAUGUCCUGCUGGUGCCUCUCAGUGAGCCGCAACUCCAGAACGCCGCAGUGGCUGCAGAAGACUGGAGUGCCGACGAUGAACCCCUUCUGACUUGAGAAGCCUUCCUCUCCGGGCCACCGCGGCCCUUUUAUCCAACACUGGGCAUUGCCUUUAAGAGCCUCACAGCCAGUUCCACAUGCACAACCACCACCGGAUUGAACCUUUUUCAGGAGUCCCACAUUCAAAAUCCGCCCCGCCCUCCUUCCCCAAAGGGUCAAAUUUGUAGUGGGUGUCUAAAAAAAUGUCUCAUAGGUUAUUUUUCCAUGUUUGGCCUUGGAGCAAGAGAGUAAUCUCUGGCUCUUGCAACACCUUUUCCUGAGUUAUUGGAGGGUGCACAUUUCAGUCGAGCUGGAAAGGGGAAUAAUGUGUGUGUGGCAGUCAAUUAAUGAUUCUUAAAGGGAAUUAUUUUUCUCUGGAACCACCAUUAAGUUCUGUGUAACAAGGCAAGAGAAAGGGGUCCAGCCCACUACGCUGAUGUUCUUCAUCUCUUGAAAGCUGCCAGCGACGGGUUUUUGCUCAGUAAAAAUAAAGCUUAUAGAGGGAGAAUGUUAGAAGUACAGGCACUUGACAUUUUUUUAAAAGGUUCUUAGAAAGUGAGGAGGAGGGGAUGGAAAAGAAAUAUGUUCUGCAGGGAAACACUACAGUUAUUUGUCUGCCUGAAAGGGGAAGGAAGCAAAGAUAUUUGUGCAGCCGUGAGGUGUCACCCUUAAAGGCAAAGUAACCCUUAAAGACAAUGACUGGAUUGGCAGAAUCCCAGUUCUUAUUUUGUAAUGCUGCAGCAUAGAAAACUUACACAUGCCUGAGCUACAAAAUUAUUUUCUUGAGAUUUUAGGAAGACUAAAAGAAGGGGAUGAGGGUGAAAAUGCAUAAAUUAAGUGACUCCACUGGAACUACUUUGGUGGUAGUCGAGAAUAACUUUUUAAGACAAAGAGCAAAGAUGGAAUAUAUUUUGAUCUUCUAUUGAUGUUUUGUAAGUAAAUUAUUUUUUAAAAGAUAGCAAGUGAAAGAAAAUUUUGCACAUGUACUUGAUCUAAUCUGCUGUAAAUAACGAAAAUUUUGUAUGGAGGGUUAAAAUAUCUUAAAGGCCAUAAGCAAUGAAGAUUUUAGUAAUGUUCAUUGCUGAUUAUUUCUUAUACUCGUUCAGUGACAAAAAGGAGGGAAACUAAUACACACAUUCAAAUACUUCAUAAAUAAACUUGACCCAACAUAAAUAUUUAUGACAGAUUAUUUAAAAAAAUAGAGUAUCUCUGCUUCCUUUAAAAUAAAUUUUAGAUUAUUUUUUUUAGGAUAGAGUGAAAUUACAGUUUCAUACAAGUCAGUGAGAGUAUAAGGAAAAUAUUUUAUCCUACAUAAGAUUUUUAGAACAAUUAUUCUCCUUUUGGAUUAAGAAAACUGUCAAAGACAAUGGCUACAUUUUAUUUCUGUAUAUUUCUUAGAGUGUUUAAAAUUAAAAGCUAAGCGAAGAUCUGUGUUUGUUUAACACCGUGUAUAUAUACAUGAUGUGUUUCAAACAUGUAUAUAUCAAUUUCAAAACCACCACAACAAAGCUUAGCCAAAUGAAAAAUAAAUGUUUGAAAAAUAAACUGAAAAGUCAAGAGUGGGUAGCAUCCAGAUUAGCCAGUCACGACUUAGCACCGUUGAAAUCAGUGAGACAUGUUAAUCAUGACCCACUUCAGACUCCUUAAUUUCAAUGGGACUUAGUCAUGAUUGGGCCUGGAUGCUGCCCAAUAAGUUUAAGUUGUGUUGCUUCGGAGUUGUGUUGUGAAAAGGACUGGCUGGAGACAGCUAUGAGAACCGCUAAGGUUGAAGGCUGACAUACUGCGCAGCGUCAUUAUCAGCAUGGUGGGGGCUGCUGCAUCCUUCUGCCUGCAGCAUUCAUGCAGUUGUGCAAGAGUGCUGUUGCCUGCAUGCUGGAGUUGUGCAAACAAAUUGCACGGGGGUAUGGCUAUUAUUUCCAGUGGCUGUACCAUUGGCGCAAUUCCGUUGGUGCAAUUCUUACCCAGCUACAUGACUGCUGCUGUUAUGAACACACAGCAGCUGCCGUGGCACUCAACACCUGUGGGACACUACGUAAUACGUCCGCCCAAGAAAUCUGUUUGCAAAAAAAAUUAAAAAAUGGGCUUGCGUCCCAGGUUCAUUCUUGCUCUGAAAUGUGAGACCCGAUUCUUGUUCAAAGGUUCAUUUUGGAAAUCGUAUUCUCAAAGGCAGUGGUGUGCAUGGAAAAGGUUCCAGUUUUGUAAAUACACAAUUAAAAAAAGAAAUGUACAAUUUACUAAUCUACAAAUCCACCCCAGAUCAAUAGGAUAAGCUACAAUGCAAAUGAUGUGUGUUGUGUAGCAGGCAAAAGUAAUGGCUUUAAAGGCAGCUAGUAUUGGUGCCUUCUUUAUCGCACAAUUAAGAAGUUCCAUCUGAAGGGAAUGAAUCUUUGGAUUGGGUUUUCUGAUUUUAUUGGGCCAUGGGGGCAAAUGUGUGUGUGUGUGAGUAUAUAUUAUAUAUAAUUAAUAUAUAUAAUAUAAUUGGUUUCCUGCAGAAAUUCUUCAUGAGAAAUCAGUGAGUCAGUGAUGACAUUUAGUGGAAAUCGGGAGUUCAUGUUUUCCUGCUGUUAUGCUUUUCCCUGGGUAUGAGUGGGGAUAACAGUGGUAGCACUGUGUUAGCUGAGCAAAUAUUUGCACUGUGUGUUCUUGUCGGUGAGCUGUGACCACUAAUUGGUGCCUGUCUGUUUGUUGUUUCACCUUCUGUUGCCUUGAAAGUUUUAAGAAUUAAAAAGAAAUUUUGAAAAAGAAA